AUGAAGCUUUCGCUGAAGUUCCCCGACGUUAGGGAACGCCGCCACCGCCACGUCGCCGGGGACGCCCACGGCCACAACCAGCAGCAGCAGCAGCCGAUCCUCAAGGCCAAAGUCCCCAUCACAGUCUUCUCCCAGCCCUUCGCCACCGCCGUCACCGCCACCACGGCGGUCCGCUCGGAUCUUUCCCUUUCUCUCUCCACGAACUUUCCCUCCGGCCCUUCCCUCAAGGUCUCCUACUCCCCCAACGCGGCGCCGUUGUCGGCAUCUCCCUUCUCCGUGACCCUCAAGUCCGGCCUCGGCCUGUUCGGCUCCCCGAAGGAAUCUCCUCUCACCUUCUCCGCCCACUUCUCUCUUUCCCCUUCUCUGAACCACCCGACCCCCAUCUUCUCCCUCCACUUCAAGCCCCGAAUCGGCCACUUCUCCUUCCACAGCUCUGCGUCUUCCAACCCUAAUCCGAGUCAAAUUCCGAAAUUUAAGCCGCCGUUCGCCUCAGAUUCGGCUUUAAACGGUAGUUUCCUGAAGACCGAGACACCUGAUUCCGAAAAGCACGAGCUAAAGACGAUCCCUCACUUUAAUCAGGCUUCUGAUCAUCUUGGGGCGGAUGCAAAUGGCGGAAUAGGAAUUGGGUUUAAGCCAGCAGUGGCUUCAAUGAGCUGGGAGGAGCUCAAGUUGGAGCCUUGUGGUGGCAAGGAUAAGGUUUUGACAAAGCCUAACCCUAUAGGAAACCUCAAUUUCGCCGAGAGUUGCAACAACAGGGGCGAUUUCUUCACGGGUGCUUCAUUUAGGGCGAGGACGGCAUUGCCGAUCAUGAAGUGUUUGAGGUUGAACUUCCAGUGGGGGUUGAACUUACCUGCGGAUGAUGCCGGUUUCACAAUGCCAUAUUUGACGGUUCAGAAGAUCGGAAUAGAAAGGGACGAGGAAGUGAAGAUUUUGAAGGCUCAGAGCGGCGGUCAUAGUCGUGCUGGUGACUCGGAGUUGUUGAAGGGGUUGUGUCUGUGGAUGAGAAGGGAUUUGGAGGUUAUGCAGAGGGAAAACGCAGAGAUGAAGCAGUAUUUGGAGGAAAUGAGGUCGGGAGUUGGCAAAAGGGCUUCUGUGUCUAUGCCUUCGAGUGAAAAUAAGGUGGACUUCGAGAUGUGGAGGAGUAAGAAGAACGGGAAGGAGGAAAAUGGUACGGGAUACAGUCGGCCCGCAAAUCAGUUGUUUGAUGUAGAAAGCGAAUUAAGAAGAGCUAUCAAGUCUUCUUCCACUUGA